AUGUCAAAGCUCAAGGCAGGCAGUGCUGACGGCCAGGUGGAGAGUGCCGCCGCCACACCUGAGAGCGCCGAGAAGCCGAUGCCAUUAAUGACUCGUGAUUAUGUCUUCCCAGCCAUGACGAUGCAGUUCAUAAGCCACCGGUUCCCUGAUUACCACGAUCCCACCAUCGAGGAUGCUUAUAAAACACAAGUCCGAAUAGAUGACGAACCUGCUUACUUGGACAUUUUGGACACCGCUGGACAAGCAGAAUUCACGGCCAUGAGAGACCAAUAUAUGAGAGGAGGAGAGGGCUUUAUUAUCUGCUAUUCCAUCACAGACCGCCAGUCCUUUCAAGAGGCAGCGGAAUUCAAGGAGCUCAUUUAUCGCGUCCGGCGUACCUAUGACAUCCCCUUGGUGUUGGUGGGCAACAAAAUUGAUCUCAAAGAGUUUCGGCAG